CAAAUCAUGGGUGUGUUUUGUCUCCCUUCAUUUUGAGAGUUGUACUCGUCCAAAUGAGGUGUAUAAGGUGUCCUUGGAUAGCCUUUGAAGUGUAGUUUCAUAAUUGAGUGGCCUUUGUUCGAGUAGAGAGAGCAAUCAUCCAAAAAUCGAUCUGGAACGAGCAGUGGUCUGUGAACUCGAGCUGUGGGAGUGCUGAGACUGUUUGGUCGAUAUCUCGAGUUUUACAAAUCCAAUUAAGGCGUGUGAGAUACCCACAGAAAGCUCUCAAGACGAGGAAUCCGUGAAGGUCUGGUUUGCAGGAAUCGGAGUUGUGGAAGGCUUCCAAAUCGUCCGAGAAAAACGCAACCUCGCAGGAGAGGAUCUAAUCCUCUAAAGAAUCGAGUUAGCCGGAAAACACCCGUUCUAGGGGCUGUUUUCGUAUCAACGAUUAAGGGUUGAACUAGCACUUGAGGAGGCUGUUUAACACUCAUAUUUGAGCAAGGAAUCAGUUCCAAAUCCACCUUGACCAAAGCUUUGACCAUUGGACCAAGAAGGGAAAGUUUAAAGCUCAAUUGAGGUUGAGGCUAGAGCUUGCUUCCUGUGCUCGUUGCCCGAGUGAUUUCCCCGGAGAGAAGACUUGGUUCGUGCUUCCUCCAUUCAGUUUUAGAACAUUAAUAAACAUGCUCAUGGAUAUUUUACUUUAGAGCCUGCGUGCUCAUGUUUGCCCUGUGUGGCCCUUUGUUUUAAACAAUGUUUUCCGCUGCGUAUUGAAUUGCUUAUUAUGUAUGUUUAUGGAUGACUUAUGUGUGAAUGAUAUUCAUGACGCCUUGUAUAAUAUGAAUGUGUUGGACUGCGGUUGACUAUUCGUAUUGUACGGCGGGUUGUUGACGUGUCCGGGGAGGUCCGGGGCGUGACAAUUAAGUUGGUAUCAGAGCCUUAGUCCAUAAACUUCAUAAUGAAGUCUCAAAAUUCUCUUUUUGAAAAGAUUUUGAAAACCAUGAGCAUAGAAGUUUUGUACUUGGAGAGCUUUUGGUACUUGGGUCGCAAGGUCUCUAAUUGUUAAGAUGGUACCCUUAGCAAUUGGUAUGGCGGUGACUCGAGCCAAAAUGUGUCUUAAGUACCUAUCCGUCAAUUGACAUUUGAUACGAGUCUAACGACUCUUUCCAAAUUUCUUUCAGAAAUGGACCGUGGUGGCAGGAUUACUAGGAGGAACCCGACGGGCCGUGUACCAGUGGAGACUGGACAGGGCAGUCGAAGGACCUCUAGGGCAUCUAGAGGAGCUGGCCGUGGAGGCCGAUCACAGACCGUGAGUGACGGUCAUGUCGACACAGAAAGUGAGACCUACUGGUCCUAUGAGGACUCGACUUACCAACCGGAGACAGAGCCGGUUGAGACCCCUUAUGAAGGGGAUGAUGACGAUGUAAGUGAUGAGGAGGGAAAUGGCUCCUUAGCACGGAUCGAAGCACUACUCCAACAAUACCACCGGGAGCGUGAAGAGAGGAGGCAACGCCGAAGACGCCGAGUGGGGCAACCUUCGGGCAUGGCUUCAAGAGGAGGGAGUCAUGGUGCAUCUAGAGUCCAUGUGGAACCACAUGGAGGCCAAAGUGAUGGAGGUCCAACCAUAAGGAUCUCCAAAUUUAUCAAAGAAGCAAGAGAUUUGGGGUGCAAACCCUUUGAUGGAGCAGGGGACAUUUCAGUCGCAGCACAAUGGAUCAAGAGGCUAAAUGAAGCAGCCCUUGACAUGCAAAUCGCGCCGAAUCUCAAACUGAGAAUUGCGGUAAGAUUGCUCGAGGGGAUGGCAUCCAAGUGGUGGGAUGGAACCAAGAGCAAGUACGGUGAGACCGUCGUUUGGGAGGACUUCCAACGGGAGUUCUUUGCCCAAUAUUAUUCUGAUUUUGAAGUGAACAAGAAGGUGAGGGAAUACACCCUCCUAACCCAAGGGGGGUAACAUGACAGUGAAGGAACUUGAGUACAAGUUCCGGGAUCUCGCCGACUACAUACCGGAGUAUGCUUGUGACGAGAACCGAAUGGUAAACCACUUUUGGGAUGCUCUUGACUUGGAGAUACGUGAUAGGGCAACACAAUUGCCUAAUAUGACUUUCGCCCAAGUGGUUGACCAAGCGUUGAAGGGGGAGAAACAGUGGGAGGAGAGGAAGAAGAGAGACGCCGAGGAGGCGAAAAAGAGAAAAUGGGAGAGUCAUGGCUCCCAAGGUUCCAACAAAAAGGGGAACCAUGGAGGAGGAUCUUUCUGGGCACCGCCGCCACCGUCUAGGGGGAACCAAGGCCCGAGUGGGCAAGGCUCGAGGUCACAAACCUCGGUGGUAACUCGUUGCAACAAUUGCAAGAGGAACCACUCCGGUAAAUGUCGCGACCCCCCUAGAUGUUUUCAAUGUGGGGAUGCCGGGCAUUUGAAGGCGCAUUGCCCACAAUUGGGUGGGGCAAGGACAUCGGGACCGAGCAGUGGCCCGACGGGUACACGGAAUCAAACCGGAGCUUCUCAAGCGAGCCGGGGACAUGGGGGAGCGAGUACGAGCAACGCGCCAUCUGUGAAUCAAGGAAGAACUCAAGCUAGAGUUUAUGCGAUGACGGAGGCAGAUGCUCGAGCUAACCCGGACUCGGUUGCAGGUUGAGGCUAGAGCUUGCUUCCUGUGCUCGUUGCCCGAGUGAUUUCCCCGGAGAGAAGACUUGGUUCGUGCUUCCUCCAUUCAGUUUUAGAACAUUAAUAAACAUGCUCAUGGAUAUUUUACUUUAGAGCCUGCGUGCUCAUGUUUGCCCUGUGUGGCCCUUUGUUUUAAACAAUGUUUUCCGCUGCGUAUUGAAUUGCUUAUUAUGUAUGUUUAUGGAUGACUUAUGUGUGAAUGAUAUUCAUGACGCCUUGUAUAAUAUGAAUGUGUUGGACUGCGGUUGACUAUUCGUAUUGUACGGCGGGUUGUUGACGUGUCCGGGGAGGUCCGGGGCGUGACAGCUCUGAU